GGAGGAGAAGACGGCGGUUCCUACGCGGCCACGGGAACCUCACUCCCUUAUAGGACCUCGUGUGAGAAGGACGCCUCUCUCUCCUCGCUCCUCUAGGACUUUCCUCUCCUUUUCGACGGUCCAGUGACGCCCUGGGGAUGACUCGGGCCUGGUGGAUAGGCCUGGCCGUGGCAGCGGCGGCCGUGGCUGUGGGCAUGGCCACUCUGCCCGACCGAAAGGCCCGCAUCGUGUGCUACUUCUCCAACUGGGCCAUCUACAGGCCGGGUCUUGGCAGCUACACGAUCGACGACAUCCCCGGCGACAAGUGCACGCACAUCGUGUACUCCUUCAUCGGCGUCUCCAACGUCACGUGGGAGGUGCUCGUGCUGGACCCGGAGAUCGACGUGCAGAAGAAUGGCUUCGGCAACUUCACUGCCCUCAAGAAGAAGUGGCCGCAUCUCCAGACCAUGCUUGCAAUCGGCGGGUGGGGCGAGGGAGGCAAAAAGUACUCGCAGAUGGCAGGUGUUCCCGAGAGGAGAACCUCCCUUAUUAACAGCGUUAUCCAAUACAUGCAUAAAUAUGGCUUUGAUGGCUUCGACCUGGACUGGGAAUACCCCGGCGCCACAGACAGAGGCGGCACUUUCAAGGAUAAGGAUACGUUCAGGGACUUUGUGGCAGAGUUACGAACAGCCUUCGACAAAGAGAACAAAGGCUGGGAGAUCUCUAUGGCGGUUCCUGUGGCCAAGUUCCGUCUACAAGAAGGCUAUCAUGUCCAGGAGCUUUGCUACUUGCUCGACGCAAUCCACGUGAUGACGUAUGACCUGCGAGGUAACUGGGCUGGCUUCGCAGACGUUCAUUCACCUCUGUAUAAAAGACCCUUCGAUCAGUGGGCUUACGAGACCCUCAAUGUCAACGACGGACUCAAACUCUGGGUAGACCUCGGGUGCCCGAAAGACAAACUCAUCGUCGGCGUGCCCUUCUACGGUAGGACUUUCACCCUUGGCAGUAAGGACAACAACGGCCUUCGUGCCCCUGUGAAGAAGUGGGAGGGAGGAGGAAAGAAGGGCCCAUACACCGGGGCAAAGGGCUUCUUGGCCUACUAUGAGGUGAGAAAAGGGCAUAAGGUCCGUGGGUGUUAAGAGAUGAAUGGCGAUCAGUGGGUUGGCUACGAGGACGUAGAGAGCCUAAAAAUCAAGAUGGAGUUCAUCAUCGGCAACGGCUACGGCGGGGCCAUGACCUGGGCUAUUGACAUGGAUGACUUCCACGGCACCUGCGGCUCCGUCAACCCUCUGAUCACUGUCCUCCACGACUACAUGAAGGACUACGUCGUCCCCACGCCCCCACCGACGACCACCACGCCCAAGGUCACCUGGUGGAAGCCGUGGAACCCCUCGUCCACCACGCCCAUACCUAGCAUGAAACCAGAUACAGAUGUCGAAGCUGCGCCUCCUCCGGCAGGAUCUGGGUUUCCUCCGGCAGAAGCUGCGCCUUCUCCGCCCGUAAAUAUCCCUGCACCCGACUCCCUGCCUCCAGGCCAGUUCGACUGCAGUGUCCAGCAGUACUACCCUCAUAAAAUGUGUAAUAAGUACUACUGGUGUGUCCAUGGAGAGCCUGUAGAGUUCUCUUGCAGGGAAGGCACUGUGUGGGACCAACAAACCAAGAUUUGCAACUGGCCCAAUCUUGUAGAGGGAAGUUGCGCGUAACACCAUCCUUCCUGCGUGACUAAGAUAAGAAAGAACACAGAAAUGUUUCCUUUCACUUUGCUCUUUCGAAUAUUUUCCAUACCUGAUGUUGCUACGGAAGACUCGUUAUAACUUCGUUACAAAUUGUAUGCAACGAUUGUUCAAAUAAUUAUACGUUUGUAUCCCUUGUGCGUUGGUCGUAAGGAGUGGUCUACCGGAAUAGGUUAUAUAUAUUAAUGAUAAAAUACGGAAAAAAAGAAUUAAGCUAAGACGUUUGCUCAAGUAGGUAAUGUAGACAGCUUGCAUGUUAUGACUUAAUUUCUAUUAUUAUUGUCUUUUAUUUCUUCUAGGGAAGAUUUAAAGCAUAUGAUAAUGGUAAAAAGAAAAAAAAAAAAGUUGUUUUUGCUGUAUCUUUAUUACUGAGCGGUCAUCUCAUAAUCGUCAUUAUCAUCAGCAUCACUAUUAAAGUACUUACUGAUGUCAUCAUUGUUAUUAUAAAUGUUAUUGGAUUUGUAAUAGUAAGGAUGUUUAUUAGUGUAGUUGUUAUUAUUAUUAUUAUUGUCAUUGUUGUUGUUGUUAGGUUAUUAUUAUCAUUAUUAUUAUUAUUAUUAUUAUUAUCAUUAUUAUUAUUAUUAUCAUUAUUAUUAUUAUUAUCAUUAUUAUUAUUAUUAUUAUUAUUAUUAUUAUUAUUAUUAUUAUUAUUAUUAUUAUUAUUAUUAUUAUUAUGAUUGUUAUUAUUAUUAUAAUUAUCAUCAUCAUUAUUGUCAUCACCAUUAUUAUUAGUUAUCUUAUUAUCAUUAUCAAUGUUACUAUUAUUAUUACUGCUGUUAUUACUAUGAUCAUGUUAUCAUUUCCACAUCAUUCAUGGAAACUAAUUUGCAUAUAAUUUCUUCACUAUUAUAUCGAAUUAAAGUGUUCCGUUGCUUUAUCCUUGUGCUUAUUGUUACAAUAUUAUAACUAUUUUACAGUUAGUAUUUAGUAUGGAGCCAAUUACACCAAAAGAAAAGCAAGAAAGUGAAUUAAUUGUAUUGUUGUUGUUGUUUAUAUUCUUAUUAUCAUUAUCAUUAUUAUUGUUAUUACCAUUAAUAUUGCUGUUAUCGCUCUUAUUAAUAUCAUUCUUGCCAUUAUUAUUAUUAUUAUUAUUAUUAUCAUUAUUGUUAUUGUUGAUGUUGUUGUUGCUAUUAUCAUUAUCAUUAUUAUCAUUGUUAUUAUCAUUAUUAUUAUUGUUAUUAUCAUUAUUAUUAUUAUGAUGAUGAUGAGGAUGAUGAUUAUCAUUAUCAUUAUUAUUAUUAUUAUUAUCAAUAUUAUUAUUGUUUUUGUUAUUAUUAUUAUUAUUAUUAUUAUUAAUAUUAUCGUUUUCAUUAUCAUGUUUAUAGCUUUUAUUAAUAACAUUAUUAUUGUCAUUAUUAUCAUCCUUGUAGCUAUCAUUAAAACAUUAUUGUUGUUAUCAUCAUCAUUAUUAUUAUUAUUAUCAUUAUUAUUGUUAUCAUUAUUAUUAUUAUUAUUACCAUCAUCACAACAUUAUUAUUAUCAUUAUUAUUAUUGUUAUUGUUAUUACUAUUAUUAUUAUCAUUAUUGGUGUUGUUACUACUGUUAUACUGUUUAUGGUUAUUAAUAUAUUUAUAUUCUUUACUCUCAGCAUCACAUGUUCUUUAUUAUCAACAGUUGAUACAAUUGCCCAUGUAAGUUAUGUGUGACUAUUGUUUUUUUUCUUUAAGUUUCUUCAUAAGAAAUACGAAUCAGUACUAAUCUAGUUAUAAAAUAGAUUUUAGUCUGCAAAGCUGUUUUUUUUUGUUUGUUUGUUUUGUUUCACUGGUAAUGUUUAGUAUUUUUACACUACAGUUAUGGUAUAGAGCAAACUGGAAAAAUAAGGAACGUUCACGAAUCUAACUGCAGGAAAACGUUAGGGCUUUUGACCAGUAGUUUAGCCCAAGCGAUAGGACUAACAGCUUUGCAACAUAAGCUUUCAUCUUAGUUUGGUUGUCUACGCCUGCAGGUGAUACAUGUUGUGGAAACUGAAAAAAAAGACGGAAGAAAAGACACGCAAAAAUACACAUUUCUAUGUUUCUUUUCUUGCUGUGGUUGUAAUAUCGUCGUUUCACUUCCAUGUAACGUACGAAUGUUUGAAUUUUUGAAUCCGUUGUGAACGUUACGUACGAAUGUUUUAAUUUUUGAAAACGUUGUUAAUGAGAUUGUAAUGGUAUAUUUAUUUAAAGACUUUUUUUCUUAUGCUGCUUGCUUGCUUGCUUGCUUGCUUCAACAUUUCAUGUUAUUUAUAAUUUAUUGAGUUGUGGCAGGAUACAGAGUUUAAGUAAUUGCGUAUGACCAUUGUAGAUUUUGUGUAUCACAAAAAUCAUAAAUGUCUUAAGCACUG